AGUUUCCACUAUAGUCGGAUUCUUUCUUUAUAAAAUUCUUAUUUUUAUUUAAUUUUCAUCUACUUUUCCUUCAAUCAAAGUUUAAAUGUGAUAUUUUACAAACUGAUUUUUCUAGUAACAUGCUUUGUUAUUAGAAAGUUAUUAUAUCUCUUAAAUACGAGACAAAUGUUACUUUUUACAUUUUUUUGAGUGAUAAAUGAGUUACUUUUUAAAUAACAAAAUUCAACAAUAAUGAGCCAAGACAAUGAAACAAGGUAAUAAUAAAAUAUUUCUAGGUUAAGUAGUAAAAUUAAUGUAUAUAAAUGUUUAUAGUUUACAUAGAAUGCUUAUUUUAAAACGCGUUGAAACAUGUAUACUUAGGCCUAUACUUAAAAAAGAGCACGAAAAACGAACGAAAUUGACAUUUUUCUUCUCACAAUUAAUUGAAAAGUUUUAAAUAUGAAAUAACCUAGUUUCAUUUGUUUUUCUUCAUUUCCAUAAAUGUGCCUGCUUUAAUCAAAUAAUCAAAUAAACAGUUCAGUCGGAAGCCGGCUACGGGCUAGGAUGGAAGCGAUGAGGAAGAAAACGGCUAUUGAAAAGGAGAAUAACGCAGUUGAACAAUUUAAAAAUGAUUCUGAGGAAGAAGUAGAAGAAGCGCCCCAAGAUAAUAAAGAUAGCGAAAUGUUAGUUAAACAACUUCAAAGAAGGAGAAAAGCCACGGAGAAAGCAAUUCGGAAAACACCUGACUCGGAAGGUGAAGAUGCUCCCGAUGCUAGACAAACUACUUCAUUUGCUCGUUCACGAUUACGAGACAAAAUUUUACUACAGACGAGAAAGGCCAAAGAAGAAGACCAAGGCGAUGAUUAUUCACCACCGGCUAGCGCUAGAAGUUCCCUUCUAACAUCGCCCAGAAAAGCAAGUCUAACAUUAAAAUCGCCUCGAACUGAUACAAUGGAAAAAUAUCGAAAGAGAUUUCAAAAGAUGGCCAAAGAGGUAGAAUCGAAAGAAGAAGAAGAAGAAGAAGAAUCCUCUGAAAGACUUACAAGGAAUGCAAUGAGAAGUACAAGGUUUGAUGAUGAUUUAUAUUCUGAACCACGUACAUGGAGACCAAUGAAACCAGAAACAACUGAUACUCAGCCUAAAGAUCCACUAGUACCAACUGGGGAAGAAGCUUAUAAUUUUUUUACAAAAAUAUAUCAAGAAGAGGAUGUAGAAGAAGAAAUUCCACCGGAGCCAGAGCCAUCAACUGCUGCCCCCGUUGAACCAUCUGAAGAAGUAACAGAAACACAAGCUGAUCAACCAAGAGAAGCAACAGAAGAACCCCCUGGAGAUAGACCAGAAGAGCAACCCAAAGAAGACAAAUCAGCUGCAGAAAAGAAAAUAUCUGGCUUUAGUAUACUGACUGGAACGUCUUAUGUGCCGUUAAAGUCGAGAUUAGAAGAAGAAAAACCGAUCAAAAAUCGAAUAUUUGAUGUCGAACAACCACGUUUUAUUGAAGAUGAAGGCUUUUUUGUUGGAAAAAAACCGUUUAUUUCCAGAGGAAAUCUCAUUCGCAUGGAAAAUCGUUUAUUGAAGCAAAAAGAUCAAGGAAGAAAUUGGUUUGGAGAAGAUGGCAGACUUAUUAUGCUCCCUGAUCCACUUAAGUCCAACCCUAUAAAACCGUUUGUUCCAGACGAUCCUGACCUUGGAUUUACCACUGGAUACCAACCUACCAUUAAGUUAGAUAUGGACAAAAGAAUUAUAGAUAGUGAUAGGGGAAUUUCAUCAAAUUCAGGAAAAUACCAACUUAACGUAGAUAUCAACACGAUAAGAUUUACGCAUCAUCAUCUGUUUUCAAGGGAACACGUACUAGCAUCUAUUCUAACUGAGUAUUGCGAAGCAUACGAAGAGAGAUCAAAGCAGAAAAUCAGUGACUACCUUUCAUCUAAAAUAAAAGCUUUGAAAAAAGCGACUGAACAUUUGGAGAGAAGUAUUGAAGAAGCGAAUGAAACAAAGAAAAAAACUCCUACAGAUCAUAUAAAUCGUCUUAAACAAUAUAAAGAAGAGCUAAAGUAUACUCGAGAACAAUGGCAUUCAGAACUAUCAACUGAUAGAGAGCUAAUUAGGAGCAUCAUUAAGACUUGGAAAGAUUUGAAAGAGCUUCGGAAAACUCAAGGUUUCUUUUCUACGCCAACAAAAUUGACAAUUCACAAAGAGGAAGUCGACAAGGAAGCUGACAAUGCAAAUUAUCAACUUGACGUUGAUGAGGAAGUUGCCGAAAUUGUCGAAAGACGCCAAGAAAAUUACAAGUUAGCAUUAGAAAAAUACAAAGAAGAGAGAGCCAGAUAUGACGAACAAGCAAAAGCUAGAAAAGAAGCUCGUAAACGAGAAAAGAUAAGAGAAAAGAAACGUCUUAAACGCCAAACCAAAAAGAAACGCGGGGAAGAAGAGCAAGAAGAAGAGGCGAUAGAUACUGAAGAAGAUGAGCUUUUGUUUUCUUUAACAAAGGAACAAGAAAGACAGGAUUUGGACAUAAUUAAUGCUCCCCAAAUUGAAAAGCCAAUAAAACCGUCGCCUAUUGAUCAAGAAGAUGUAAAACAAAAAGUUUUGGAUUUAUACUCCAAAAUCCGAAGACUUCCAGGCGAACAUAUCCUUCAUCCCGAACUCUCCUCCUCUGGAACUAUUACCGCUACAAAUACUUGUCCAAAGAGUGAACAACUGCGAAGGAAUGAAGUUGACAAAUGCAAACUAUACAUUAAAAUCUACUUUGACAAUAAGGAAGUUUGUAAGACGUCCUCAAAGCCAUUAGGUCAAGAAUUUACCAUAAGAUUUGCUCAAGUUUUUGAGACAAGGAUUGUAAGAUGGCCAGAGAAUAUACGUCUAGAUGUCUACGAAACUAUCAGAUUAACGACAAAUCUGCUAACUCAGAUUUUUACUGGUAUUCCAGAGGCAAAUGUAACUAAUGAAAAUGUCCAAUUGGACCAAAAUUCGUUUAGUAGUGUUUUGAAAUUUACAUACAAUCACGAGGGAGUUGGAAGUGGACACCCAAUCAAUGUUGGCUCUAAUAGUAAUAACUACAUUAAUUUAAAUACCACGGGUAACCUUUGGGCAUCCGUCUCGUGGGCUGUUGAUGAGGAUGGAAAUGUCCUUUCACCCGCUCCAUCUGGUGGAUACGGAGACAUUUCAAAAGGAAAUGAUCCUAUUUCGGCCAUUGGUGCUGCAGGAAUUGCUGAUAUGGAUAAAUUUCGUAAAUGGAUCAUUAAUGCUCGUCUUGAUCCAAACGAUCCGAAUGAUGCGGAUCUUAUGCUAUACAAAAAGGAACAACUUCCAAAUCAAACUGCUGCUAAUAUUGGACGUCAAGUCUUCCGGUUAGAUCAAUUACAGACCGAAUUUGAUUUCGCGGAUGAUGAAGAUAUUGAACGUUCAAAGCGUUUUCGAUUAAUUUCACUUCGAGAGCAAGAAGUUAAAGAAUUUCACAACUCUAAAAAUAUCCCACCGUUCGAUAGGGAAAUUAAAGAUGAGGUAUUCCGAAGUUACGAUGAUAGAAAACAUCUAGAAAAGAAACCAAGAGAAGAACAGCGUAGUCAAGUUAGCCAAUAUAUGCAAGCUGUUAAAGAACAAAUUAUGGUCCGUUUCAAAAUGGCCUCUCAUCGAAAAACCUUUCAGGAUAUUAUAAGCGAAGAUCCUAUGCCAGCAGUUGACAAUUUACUACCGUUUAUAAAGAACGUAUUUAAACCUCGAACAAGAAAACUCUUAGUAACAAGGAAACCAUUAAAGAAACAACCACCACAAGUUCUCCAAGGCUUAAAUGUUAAAUUAUUAGCAAAUAUUAUCAGAGCGGUUAAUAUUCCUGUAAGAUCAAAUCCCAUUAGAGAGCCUCCAGUACCGGAUUCAACUACUAGAGGCGGUACUUUUAUGGGAACUGCAAGAAGCCAAUUUGGCGGUGGUAUGACUAGAAGAGACGGUGGCCCUAUGGUGGCCGUGAGACCGUUAGUACAAAUAUUGUUUCAAGGAAGAUCUUAUGCAACAACAGUUGCAGAAGGUUCUAAUCCUACCUGGAAUGAGCAACAAGAGCUAGCUUUUAGACCGCCAGAUAACAACUAUAGUCCGUCAAAUCUCCAAACUAUUAAAGACUGUAUUAUCAUAAGUAUUUUUGAUGAAUGCAUUAUUGAAGAACAGCAGGUUGAUGGAACUUUUAAAUUGAGUAAACCACCUAUACUAUUGGGCUAUGCGAAUGCAGAUCCAAGAGAAAAGGAUACUUACAUUACACUUUUUAUAACCCUGGAACCUCUUUUAAAUAGGCCUGAUCCAUUCAAAGAUAGGUUGGAAAGUAACGAAGAACCUAAAUGGACUGAAGCUUCUGAAAGAUGGCUUCAAGAAUUAGAAUCUAAAUAUCCUAAACGUAGUUAUAAGACACUUGUAAUAGAUAUUAAUGGAAAAUCUACAAUGAUAACAAGGUUUAUUAAGCCAUUACCACCUCCCCCAGACGUUGUGCCUGAAGGCUCUUCAAAAAUGGAAGCUAUGAGAUUAAUAGCAAAAUUCGUUUCUAUGAUACCAUUUGUUCCUGAUAGCGUUGUAUUCCCAGGAAUGUGUGAUAUAUGGGCUACUUGCGAACAAUUUCUGCUUAUGAAAGAAGGUGAUGAAGAAGAACACGCUGUUCUACUUUGCAAUUACUUCUUAUCUCUAGGCGUGACUGCUUAUCUUGUUCUGGGUUUAGCCAUUCCUGAAGGGCCAACAGCAUACGUUUUAACUGGAGAAAGUACAAAACUAGACAAGUUAUGGAAUGCCAGUACAGGAGAAGUAUGGGAUGUUUGUGAUCAACGUUGCGCUCUAAAAAGGAUCGAUUGUUUGGUAUCGGAUAAGAAUAUAUGGGCAAAUAUUCAACGAUUCGACGAACCAUUUAGAUUAAAUUUUAAAAUAAAUGAAUCCAGCCUUUGGAAACCGUUCCUCUCAACUGGUGAUGAUUUGCCAUCAAUUCAACCUGAAGUUCUUUAUUAUCAACCAACUGAUCAAAUGAAAGUACUCAACCUUAAAGAUACUUUAGAAAGACAGAUAAGGGCAAAUGUUGAAAGCUGGAGAAGCAGACAAAUAACGAGAUGGAAUAGAUAUUGUUUGCAAACAUUUAGGAAUAUCUUGGAAGGAUUAGAAAGAAAUAUGUCUGGUAAUUAUGAAAAUCUGCUAAGCAACGAACUAAAAAGUAUUGAAAGCGGUCAUUAUUUAAUCGGUUUUCCAAUUAAUUUGGCAUAUUCUGGAGAAAGUGCAGUAAUUGAACGAGUUAGAGCAACGGGAAUUCAUGCAUACGAAAAUCAACAUAUUGAAUUUGCGGUUGCUGUUCAUAUUCAUCCAUAUCCAAAUGAUAUAUUAAGUGUAUGGAUAUUUAUUGCUUCACUAGUACCAAAAAGAAUGUAA